AUGACCCGGAGUAGCACAGUAGUGUUCGCCGAUGGGCCAGACUACACGUGGUACGUGAUCAAUUCGCCGGGGCUUGCCACGGGGCAAAUUACCGUGGCUGAGUUUGGCUCUAACGGCAGCGUCCGCGAUUCGACUAUUCGUCGAGCCUGGAAUAUAGGUCAGAUAAUGUCCUUUGGUCAGAAUUUGGGCCGGCGGGUCGUGGAUUUAGCGAUGUCGGCGAUUAGGGGCCCGCCGCAGUAUAACGAGCCUUUGGACAUGGACUUUCCUAUUAUUGAACUUUUGGAGUCAACAAGAAAGAGCAGCAAGUUCCUCUAUGAGGGAUACGGCUAUAUGGACCUGUGGGUGCGCAUUAUCGAGCAGAGUGCGCUUGGGUAUCUGGACCUUGAGGCUCAGGGGCGAGAGUUGGAAUCCAAGCUUGAUAAUCUGCGUAAAGUUGGGCUUUGA